AUAUUAUUAUUACUAUUAUUACUAUUCAAAUAAUAAUAAAAUAUAAUACAUAUAUUUUAUAAUAUUAUUCGCGCAUAGUGAACCUGCGUCCUGCACGCACACACGCACCGUGGCCGGUGUUCUUGUAAUAAUUGUGUAGUGUCUGUUAGUUGAUAUUACGUUAUAGUCGUUAUACGCGUCGUACUUCGACAAGGAGCAGACGAUACGGCAACGCGUCCGUUAACGAUAACGAACGUGAAUUACGCGCGCACAUAGUUGGUACGGCGUCGGUCGAUCGGCAUACGUUAUUUUAUUGUAAUCAAUAAAUAGUUAUUGGUUUUUUUUUCUCAGUUCUCUCGUUCUUGUGAUCUUCUGCUUUUCGUUUUGUCGUCCGAUCGGUCGAUUUCGUCUCACAUGACUCGGCCCGGAGACAAUAAUAUGCGAUUGUUAUUGUACUGCGCGCACGGCGUUCAGCGUUCAAAAAACGGUUCUCUACGAAAUGCGUAAACGACGGACCCGGCGACAACAACAAGAAGACAACGACGACGACGAAGAAGAAGAAAACAACGACAAAAACCGCCUCUGUCGCCUCCAAGAAUACGCAUGACGACACGUGUUAUCCGUUUGCUUGGACGGACGUUUGGUCGCCGCAUUCACUGCCAUCCAUCUGGAAGCUGGGUUGUCAUCAAAGCACCAUAGUUAACAAUCCUCUGUCUAAAAAUUUUAUCGGCCACUCACCUCAACAACUUCUCUACCGACUGUCGAUAUUUGUCCGGCUACAGUUACUUAUUUCCCCACGAGUACGUGCCAUUCGCCAUCACUGAGUAACUUCUCUUAAAAACUGGUAUAUGACAUAAUAUUAUGAAAUGAAUAAAAUGGAGGACAGAAAAAGGACAAUUCUUUCUUCUGGCGAUUCCAACACAUCAUUAACGCCAGUUAAACUUCAGAAACUUAAAGAAAAUGAUAAGGUGUCUAAUGAAGAUGAUAAUGUUUGGAGUAUUUCAAAAGUAACUAGAGGAGUUAAUGCUAAAAGUUCCGGUUCAAAAACAGUAAUGAAACAUGCUUUACGACAACAGGCUAAACGAAGGCGCAAAAACACUACUAUUGCUGCUGGAAAUGUAGCUCCUCUUCCAAGAAUUAUACUCCCCUCCAAUCAAAUUAACACCAUUGAAGAUGAAUCUAGAGUACCUACAAUGUUGGAAGUGUUAUCAUCUAUUCCAGGAUUUAGUUUAGUAAAACCACGUAAACGCCCCGGAUCUAAACGAUUGUCAGCUGCUGCUCAAUUACAGCAAGUAAAGGCUGAAGGUUGUGUUGAUUUAGAAACGCCAGAUUCUGUUCUAGCACAAGUUAAUUUAAGAUCACUUUUGAAUACGCAAACUUUUUCAAUGCUACCCCGUCUCUAUCAACAUAAACUAAUUCAAAUGUUACCACAUGUUGAUAGGGAAAAUAUAAGUGAUACUCAAUCUGAUUUCCGGCCAUUAUUAAACUCAUCUGUUUUAAAUAAUGAGUUCUUUGCUCAAGCUUGUCUUGAAUGGACUGAUAGACUAUCAGAAGGGGAGUUUACGCCUGAAAAUCAGCAAAAAAUGAAAAUGGAUAUUGAUCGUGAAAAAAGCAAACUAGAUCCAUUUAAAGUUAUUAUUUUUGUGGACGUGGCAUUAGUGUAUCAAACUGAUGAAGACAUUAUGAUGGAUAUUCCAUUGAAAGAUGAAUUUAUAACCGAUGUUGAUAAAAUAGAGGAUGUAAAUUUGGAUGAAACAUCAGUGAUUAAAAACUGGUCUUCGUUAAUGAAUGAUGAUCUUGGCUCAUUAAUUCCAGAAUAUGAUUGUGUUUCUACUUCAAAAGUAAAAGAACAAAGUGAAAGUGAAGUCCAAUUGGAGUUGGAAGUUACUUUAACUCCAAAARUAGAGGAUGUAAACUCAACAACUAAUCAAAUUCCGUCUAAUGGGCCAAAUGAAAAUAAUAUGAAUAUUAUUCGAGAACUUCCAAAAAACAUUUCUCCGCCUGUGGUUGUUCAAAUGCCUAUUCAGCCUCUUGUUAUUACUUCUUCUAACAGUUCGCCAUUACCUAGUACACCAUCUUUAUCUAUAUCUCCGUUACUUCAAACUCCUUUCGAGUCUAAUAUCUCUAAUGAUUUUUCAUUUAUCAACACAAUAUCUAAUAUCACAUCAGCGCCUUCUGAUCGUCCAGUUCACCAAACUUAUGUGUCAUCAAUCAAAUCACAAUCACAAGUGAGCUCAGGUAACAGCGGAUCAAGUAGAACUAGCGGUAGAUCAACAGUGAAGCAACCACAACCACCUGGUGCUAUAAAUUUAGAAAGAAGUUACCAAAUAUGCCAAGCUGUUAUACAAAAUAGUCCUAAUCGUAAUCAACUUAGGUGUCAACUGAAACCACCACCUGCAAUAUUAAUUGGCAAAACCUCUAUUUUACGAAAUGGGCCAAAACCAAUAAGGAACAUAAAUAUCAACAGCAGUUCACAACCUUUAGUUGUUAGACAUGUGUUUGCAUCUUCUCGUGGCAUUCCUGUAACAAUGUCUGUUGGACCACCAUAUACAUCUGAUCAACAACAAUUAACCGAAAAACAAAUGGGGCAGUACCUGUUGGUCCAGAGAUCUGGUGGAAUAACAGGCAUACGCCGAUCAUCUAGUGCUCCUCCGACCAAUAAUAAAAUACCGCCAAUUUUGAAUGGUGGAAGACCAGCAAGUGUAGGUAUACAAGUAUCUACCUAUGGUCAGUCACAGCAAUCAAAUGAUUGUUCAUGUAGUCUUAACGCUAUGGUAGUAUGUAAGAAAUGUGGAGCGUUUUGUCAUGACGAUUGCAUUGGUCCUUCUAAACUUUGUGUUACAUGUCUUAUUCGAUAAUAAAGCUCAAAGUUUGAUAUUAAAAAUAUUAUCAUAAAAUGUAACACAGGCUAAAUUUUAAUCAGGUUUUCCAUAAAUUUAUGAAGUAUACAGUUGAUAAAUUAUUAUUUUUAUUAAUUAACGUAUUGCCUAUAUUUAAUUUGUUUAAUUUUAUUUUUUCAAACCUUCAGUCCUAAUUAUAUUGUUAUAUAUAUAUAUAAGUUGGUUUUCAUAAAGCUAAAGUAUUUACAAACAUUAUCAAUAAAUACUAAUUCUUAGCUUAUUUAAUUGUUCACUCUCAUUGACCAUUAUAUCUCCA